UAACGGGAAAUGUAGCGCAAAUAAACAUUCUUGGCAAGGGAGUCAGUGGAGUUUUUACAAGUUAUCAAGGAGUCUCAAAGCUGUUGAUUUCUUUAAUUAAGUUUACAUGAUAUAACCAACAUCCUGCCCAAUAUUCCGUGGUAUAGUUGAUAGUGUUACAAUGAGCAGGUUGUGCAGAGAGCAAGAGAGAGAGCUUUAUAAGUACUCAUCCUCUCCUAAUGCCUGAUUUUAUGUCAUUACACCAAAAUAUACAACGAAUUGUAUUGUAGUUAUUAAAUAUUAGAUUAUGAAUCAUUGUCUAUGAAUAAAAAGCUUCAUAUUAUUGUUACCAAUACGUAAUACUAAAAAAGAAUCAUUGCUAGAAACCUUGUUUGGAUGUAGACAUAAUCUCGGAAUAUGUAAUGAAAACAAAUAUUUUUGGCUAUUCCUAAAGUCAUUUCCCACCUGAAAUGAAUAUAGCGAUGCCCAAAUGACGUCAAAGUGGAGUCUCGGUCGUAAUAAAAAUGAAUUCAAGUCACGAUGUGUCCUCCGUCCUUGCUCCUCGACGUGAUGUUGAGUACAAAUAGACUUAAACUUUCAAUAUAACAUCAUAGUUUUAAACACAAUCUGCUCUAAAUGUUGAUUUUAAUGACUAUACUUAUUUAUCUUAAAUAGGUCUACAUCAGAGACAACUUUGAUUUAAGUAGAAUCUAUUGAUGACUAAUAUUCUGUUUUUAAAAAAUAAUUAUAGUUAUAAAACAGUCGAAUGGCGUAUUUACCACCAGCCGGCAGGCGUAUCCUUACUGACGCACUGCUCACCUAUAUGCCAACGCUGUCUGAGAUUCCUAACCCCUAUAUACCUCCCGAGCGGAUGACACGGUUCGGGUCGAGGAAGCUGUGCCCGUUUGACCUGUCCAAGAUUGCCACGUCCUCCACAGACGAGGACUGGGUUUAUUGUAAGCGUCCGUCGUACCCCGUUUAGUAAGUUUUAGUUCAAUAAUUGAAAUAUUAUUAUUUCAUUUAUUAUGUUACUUUGUUUAUUAGUUAUCGUUGGUGGUGUAAAAUUUGCUUAUAAACUAAAUGUAUUGAUGUUGUCAGAUUUGACAGUGGAGGUAAGUUGACAACUUUAAAAAUGACAAUUUGGUCAAUUAGAAUCCCAGGGCUAUUGGCUUGCCACGUUAAGAGAGACCCUAUUCUCCCAGACCAGAUCUAUUACCCCCGGACGCCUGUUCAAUGUCUCUACCCACUUAUUAACACCGAUCAAGUUUGGUCUUACCUAUCACGGUAUGGACAUUCCUCAAUUGACAGCAGACUACAAAAAGUCAUUACUCUAACUUAUUCGUGAUAUUUUCAGUCCCUUAGCGAUGUACCGUUUGUCGGCUUGGUUCCCAGGCUAUGCCUUCCCCAUCUAUAAAUGCCAAAGUCGACUCUUGCCUCCCUAUAGUGACGUUGACCGCUACCUGCAUCCAGGCUGAACUCUCCAAUUGGUCAGCCAUCGCACUGUGGCUCCCCCCCCCCCCAACCCGUUCACCACCCAGGCCGAACUCUCUACAUUACCCCCUUCUUACAAAAACAAUGCCGUCCCGACAUUACGUGACAUCCUCGCUACAAUUACUUAUUACUGGUCUCUUAAUGGCUUUAUGUGACUUGGACCUUCAGCAUUCAUUAAAAAAAACAAAACAACAAAAGCUCCUAGAAAUGCACGCGACGACGUAAUUCCCUUGGGAUCUAUUGCUUCUCAACGUCUCCCCCCUCCCCCCUCACCAACCCUACGCGAACCCCUCCCCUUGAAUACCGGUACGACAAUUGAACGAAACGGUCACCCCAUUCACGGUCUCCUAAACAGAUAGGGUCAAGGUCAGAGUCAGUUUUGGGUCACAGUCAGAGCGCCAAGUACAUUAAUAAUAAUAAUAAUAAUAAGUGGUCUUAUAUAGCGCGGUACCCCGGCCUAGGGCUGGGCUCACCGCGCUGUACAUAUAUAGCAAAGAGGCAUAAUCAUAAUAUUAAAAUAAAAUACAUAAAUGAAAUAAAAAAACAUAUAAGCAAAACAACACCAUAGGUAUAUUCAUCCACCCACACCAGACAUUUUUACAAGGAAACCCAUGUACGUUUAUCGGUUUAUAGGAGGAGAAUCAGUCAGAGUAGUAUAGUUUAAAUAGAUGUGUUUUGAGUGCAGUUUUAAAGGCCUGUGUGGUUGUUAUAUUGCGGAUGUGUAGUGGCAAAGAAUUCCAUUGUUUGGGGGCGCAGAAAGAGAAAGAUCGUUCACCAUAUAAUUUAGUGCGUGUCUUGGGAACGGACAGAAUACGCGAGUCUGCGGAGGAGCGAAGUUGUCGAAGGGGUGAAUAGACAGAAAGAAGUUCAGUUAGAUAGGAUGUGCAGGAAUCCGAGAAAAAGUUGUGACACAGAAGAGACAGCUUGUAGUCAAUGCGUGCCUGUAUAGGGAGCAAAUGUAGUGAGUGGAGUAGUGGAGUGACGUGAUCGCGUUUUUUUGCCUUAAGAACAAGCCUAGCAGCAGAGUUUUGAACAACAAUCAGACAAUUAUGGUUGUCCAAAAUUUAAAUACGGAAUAAUACAACAUUUAGAAAAUUAAUUAAUAGUACUACAUUAAGAUAUAAAGUUGAAAACUAAAUUAAACCAAAAAAAUAAAAAAUAUAAUGAAACAUGUUAAGUAUAUAAUUAGAACCUUCAAUGGAAAAACAAUAAUUGUGAUGAGUAUACAUCCGAAACUAACUCAAAGCCUUCAAGGUUAGUGUUAAUGUCAUUAAGAUUCAUCAACAACAUUUUAUACAUUAAAAAAAAAACAAAAAAACUUUAACUCAAAUAACAGUAACUAUAAUCAUGUCAUAAUUAGAACAUCCCAUUAAAUGAAUCUAUGUGUCCCCACUGUCAUUAACACUCUAAGCAUCUUGCAGAACGCUUGGAAGCUUCGGAGUGCCCCCUAUCAAGUUGCCUCUCAGGCAAAUUGUUUGUAACUUUAAAAUCCAGUCUGGUGGAUUAUUGUCAUAAUAGGGUUUCAAUCGGUCGUGGUGAAUUAUUCUUGCCUUCGCCGUACCUUCUCCUUGAAUUUCAAAUAACACAUCACUAAAUUUUCUAAUAACUACGAAUGGUCCGCGACAUUUAUUGGGGUUCAAUUUUGGGUUUCGAUCCACCUGUUUAGUUAAAUCCAAAUGUCGUCCAACUUUUGUUCAAGUUUUAACACGUACUCCGGUACGGGUUGACCGAGACAUUUACCAGGUAAUGAAGCCCCCAUGGACAGGUGAAUGGGCUGAUAGAGCUCCCGCCCAAAAUUAAAUAAUUGGGCCCAAGAAGCCAGUGCUCGGAUGUUGAUGGUUUCUUUACGUACUGGUCAAUAGUGGGAGGUGGACGUCCCAGUCCUUUUGAUUAUCUACUACGAAGGCAGAGAUCAUCUUAUUUAGCACUGAGUUAAAACGUUCGACCUGUCCGUUACUGGCUGUAUGGAAAGAUGAUGUUCUGGUUUACUUGAUGUCUAGGAAUUCCAUCACGCUUUAAACAAUCUACUUUGAUAAUUGGAUCCUUGACACUCUACACAUCAUCUAAACAUCAAACCAUCAUGUGUCCUGCACGUCCUGGUAUGGAUGUGUACCGGUGAUGUCCAUAAAAACAUCUCUGUCACUAUGGCAUUACUAAACAACACAAAUAAAACAUUAUAAGCUACCCAAACUGCCUUUAUAAAGGCUCAAUUCGCACUGUUCAAACAUGAGCUCUAUGAGCUCUCACUGCUCCGCUGGCUUUUCAACAAUAACACAGGGGCAGCGACUCGCAUAUAUGAUUCAUUAAAAAUAUUUAUAGCACAACUACAACAGUUUAAACACAUGAUUGUACUCAUUACCUAUUAUCAACAUAACUUAAACUACACAAGUUUAAAAACAAAAUUCACUCGUGAAACUGAAAACUAAGAUAAAGAUAGCACACCUAAAUGAACUUAAGUUACUAGAGUCUUAAAAACAUGCCUAAUGUCUCUGUCAGAGAGUCUUCAUGAUGACGUUGGAAAGUAUCCUCAUACUGAACUAAACACUACAUCUCUGACUUUCUAGGCCACCUCCAACUAUGCACCGCCCUCCUUCCUGACCACUACGUCACUACACAGAUUAAGUCCUUCCAGAUCACUAUGUCACUACACAGAUUACGUCCUUCCUGAUCACUAUGUCACUACACAGAUUAAGUCCUUCCUGAUCACUAUGUCACUACACAGAUUAAGUCCCUCCUGACCACUAUGUCACUACACAGAUUAAGUCCUUCCAGAUCACUAUGUCACUACACAGAUUAAGUCCCUCCUGACCACUAUGUCACUACACAGAUUAAGUCCUUCCAGAUCACUAUGUCACAACACAUAUUAAGUCCUUCCUGACCACUAUGUCACUACACAGAUUAAGUCCUUCCACAUCACCAUGUCACUACACAGAUUAAGUCCUUCCUGACCACUAUGUCACUACACAGAUUAAGUCCUUCCAGAUCACUAUGUCACUACACAGAUUAAGUCCCUCCUGACCACUAUGUCACUACACAGAUUAAGUCCUUCCAGAUCACUAUGUCACUACACUAAUUAAAUCCUUCCAGAUCACUAUGUCACAACACAUAUUAAGACCUUCCUGACCACUAUGUCACUACACAGAUUAAGUCCUUCCAGAUCACUAUGUCACUACAUAGAUUAAGUCCUUCCUGACCACUAUGUCACUACACAGAUUAAGUCCUUCAAGAUCACUACGUCACUACACAGAUUAAGUCCUUCCAGAUCACUAUGUCACUACACAGAUUAAGUCCUUCCUGACCACUAUGUCACUACACAGAUUUAAGUCCUUCCAGAUCACUACGUCACUACACAGAUUAAGUCCUUCCAGAUCACUAUGUCACUACACAUAUUAAGUCAUUCCUGACCACUAUGUCACUACACAGAUUAAGUCCUUCCUGAUCACUACGUCACUACACAGAUUAAGUCCUUCCUGAUCACUACGUCACUACACAGAGUAAGUCCUUCCAGACCACUUCGUCACUACAGAGAUUAAGUCCUUCCUGAUCAAUGUGUCACUACACAGAUUAAGUCCUUCCUGAUCACUAUGUCACUACACAGAUUAAGUCUUUCCAGACCACUACGCCACUACACAGAUUAAGUCCUUCCAGAUCACUAUGUCACUACACAGAUUAAGUCCUUCCUGACCACUAUGUCACUACACAGAUUAAGUCCUUCCUGACCACUAUGUCACUACACAGAUUAAGUCCUUCCUGACCACUAUGUCACUACACAGUUUAAGUCCUUCCUGAUCACUAUGUCACUACACAGAUUUAGUUCUUCCUGAUCACUAUGUCACUACACAGAUUAAGUCCUUCCUGACCACUAUGUCACUACACAGAUUAAGUCCUUCCAGAUCACUACGCCACUACACAGAUUAAGUCCUUCCAGAUCACUAUGUAACUACACAGAUUAAGUCCUUCCUGACCACUAUAUCACUACACAGAUUAAGUCCUUCCAGAUCACUACGUAACUACCCAAAUUAAGUCCUUCCAGAUCACUAUGUCACUACGCAGAUUAAGUCCUUCCUGACCACUUUGUCACUAUACAGAUUAAGUCCUUCCAGAUCACUAUGUCACUACACAGAUUAAGUCCUUCCUGACCACUAUGUCACUACACAGAUUAAGUCCUUCCAGAUCACUAUGUCACUACACAGAUUAAGUCCUUCCUGACCACUAUGUCACUACACAGAUUAAGUCCUUCCUGACCACUAUGUCACUACACAGAUUAAGUCCUUCCAGAUCACUAUGUCACUACACAGGUUAAGUCCUUCCUGACCACUAUGUCACUACACAGAUUAAGUCCUUCCAGAUCACUAUGUCAUUACACAGAUUAAGUCCUUCCUGACCACUAUGUCACUACACAGAUUAAGUCCUUCCAGACCACUUCGUCACUACAGAGAUUAAGUCCUUCCUGAUCACUAUGUCACUACACAGAUUAAGUCCUUCCUGAUCACUACGUCACUACACAGAUUAAGUCCUUCCUAAUCACUACGUCACUACACAGAUUAUUUCCUUCCUGAUCACUACGUCACUACACAGAUUAAGUCCUUCCAGACCACUUCGUCACUACACAGAUUAAGUCCUUCCUGAUCAAUAUGUCACUACACAGAUUAAGUCCUUCCUGAUCACUACGUCACUACACAGAUUAAGUCCUUCCAGAUCACUAUGUCACUACACAGAUUAAGUCAUUCCAGAUCACUACGUCACUACACAGAUUAAGUCAUUCCUGACCACUUCGUCACUACAGAGACUAAGUCCUUCCUGAUCAAUAUGUCACUACACAGAUUAAGUCCCUCCUGACCACUAUGUCACUGAACAGAUUAAGUCCUUCCAAAUCACUAUGUCACUACACAGAUUAAGUCCCUCCUGACCACUAUGUCACUACACAGAUUAAGUCCUUCCAGACCACUAUGUCACUACACAGAUUAAGUCCUUCCAGACCACUAUGUCACUACACAGAUUAAGUCCUUCCAGACCGCUAUGUCACUACACAGAUUAAGUCCUUCCUGAUCACUAUGUCUCUACACAGAUUAAGUCCUUCCAGACCACUACGUCACUACACAGAUUAAGUCCUUCCAGACCACUACGUCACUACACAGAUUAAGUCCUUCCUGAUCACUUCGUCACUACAGAGAUUAAGUCCUUCCUGAUCACUAUGUCACUACACAGAUUAAGUCCUUCCUGAUCACUACGUCACUACACAGAUUAAGUCCUUCCUAAUCACUACGUCACUACACAGAUUAAGUCCUUCCUGAUCACUACGUCACUACACAGAUUAAGUCCUUCCAGACCACUUCGUCACAACACAGAUUAAGUCCUUCCUGAUCACUAUGUCACUACACAGAUUAAGUCCUUCCUGACCACUAUGUCACUACACAGAUUAAGUCCUUUUAGAUCACUACGUCACUACACAGAUUAAGUCCUUCCAGAUCACUAUGUCACUACACAGAUUAAGUCAUUCCUGACCACUUCGUCACUACAGAGAUUAAGUUCUUCCUGAUCAAUAUGUCACUACAUAGAUUUAGUCACUCCUGACCACUAUGUCACUACACAGAUUAAGUCCUUCCAGAUCACUAUGUCACUACACAGAUUAAGUCCCCCCUGACCACUAUGUCACUACACAGAUUAAGUCCUUCCAGACCACUAUGUCACUACACAGAUUAAGUCCUUCCAGACCACUAUGUCACUACACAGAUUAAGUCCUUCCAGACCGCAAUGUCACUACACAGAUUAAGUCCUUCCUGAUCACUAUGUCACUACACAGAUUAAGUCCUUCCAGAUCACUAUGUCACUACACAGAUUAAGUCCCCCCUGACCACUAUGUCACUACACAGAUUAAGUCCUUCCAGACCACUAUGUCACUACACAGAUUAAGUCCUUCCAGACCACUAUGUCACUACACAGAUUAAGUCCUUCCAGACCGCAAUGUCACUACACAGAUUAAGUCCUUCCUGAUCACUAUGUCACUACACAGAUUAAGUCCUUCCAGAUCACUAUGUCACUACACAGAUUAAGUCCCCCCUGACCACUAUGUCACUACACAGAUUAAGUCCUUCCAGACCACUAUGUCACUACACAGAUUAAGUCCUUCCAGACCACUAUGUCACUACACAGAUUAAGUCCUUCCAGACCGCAAUGUCACUACACAGAUUAAGUCCUUCCUGACCACUAUGUCACUACACCGAUUAUGCCCAAACACUUUAACCUUUUGAUCUUCGACUAACCCAUCUACACUUUUCUUCACUCCAGCGCCAAUCGAAAUUCCUCCUAAAAUAAUUUCAUCUUUGCUAUCAUUUGUUUUCUCUACUCUGCUCUUAAUCACACUUGUCCUUCUUUAUUAGCGACUUCUCUAUCUAUUCUAUACACUUCUUUAUUAGCGACUUCUCUAUCUAUUCUAUACACUUCUUUAUUAGCGACUUCUCUAUCUAUUCUAUACACUUCUUUAUUAGCGACUUCUCUAUCUAUUCUAUACACUUCUUUAUUAGCGACUUCUCUAUCUAUUCUAUACACUUCUUUAUUAACGACUUUUCUAUCUAUUCUAUACACUUCUUUAUUAGCGACUUCUCUAUCUAUUCUAUACACUUCUUUAUUAGCGACUUCUCUAUCUAUUCUAUACACUUCUUUAUUAGCGACUUUUCUAUCUAUUCUAUACACUUCUUUAUUAGCGACUUCUCUAUCUAUUCUAUACACUUCUUUAUUAGUGGCUUCUCUAUCUAUUCUAUACACUUCUUUAUUAACGACUUCUCUCUCUGUUCUAUACACUUAUUUUCUAGCGACUUCUCUAUCUGUUCUAUACACUUCUUUAUUUGCUACUUCUCUAUCUGUUCUAUACACUUCCUUUCCUAAUCUGAAACACGUCGCUGCCGUUUUCACCUCUCUACAACUAGAAAUUUGAUCUUCUUCCAUUUCAUGGACGACUAGAAAUUUCUCAUGACAUGCCCAUGUUGGUGACACUUGUAGUACCGCCCCUAAAAUGGACACCUCACAGCAGUGUGGCCUGGGCGCAAACACCUUAAACAUACCCGUGGCCGGUUGCAUUCUUUGGCCAGGUGCCCACUCUCAUAGCAACGAAAACACCGGUGCUUAUUAAAGCAAUCUAGAGCAAGAUGACGAUUGGCAUUAACAUCUGUAGCAUCGUCGUGCGUUAGCGCAGAACAUUUCAAUGUGAGCUGUACGAUGACACCUGUUGCAAAAUGGUGUGUCACACUGCCUGACUCGGUUGUAAACUGCUGGGCAAUUACGUGAAAUAUGACCGAUUCGGUCACACCUGAAGCACCUAGGUUCAACCCUCCAAUUACCUCCCGUUUCUCGUGCCGGCUGGUUUGCCUCUCGCUGUAAGGCGAUGAAUGCCCCAAGGUCAUCUCUCAGGCCGCUUAUCUCUCUGGCCAGGUGGUCGCUAGCUAUUGAUGCUACUUGCCAGGUGGACGGUAGCUAUUGAUGCUACUUGCCAGGUGGUCGGUAGCUAUUGAUGCUACUUGCCAGGUGGUCGGUAGCUAUUGAUGCUACUUGCCAGGUGGUCGGUAGCUAUUGAUGCUACUUGCCAGGUGGUCGGUAGCUAUUGAUGCUACUUGCCAAGUGGAGGGUAGCUAUUGAUGCUACUUGCCAAGUGGUCGGUAGCUAGUGAUGCUACUUGCCAGGUGGACGGUAGCUAUUGAUGCUACUUGCCAAGUGGACGGUAGCUAUUGAUGCUACUUGCCAAGUGGACGGUAGCUAUUGAUGCUACUUGCCAAUUGGACGGUAGCUAUUGAUGCUACUUGCCAAGUGGACGGUAGCUAUUGAUGCUACUUGCCAAGUGGACGGUAGCUAUUGAUGCUACUUGCCAAGUGGACGGUAGCUAUUGAUGCUACUUGCCAAGUGGUGGACGGUAGCUAUUGAUGCUACUUGCCAAGUGGACGGUAGCUAUUGAUGCUACUUGCCAAGUGGACGGUAGCUAUUGAUGCUACUUGCCAAGUGGACGGUAGCUAUUGAUGCUACUUGCCAAGUGGACGGUAGCUAUUGAUGCUACUUGCCAAGUGGUCGGUAGCUAUUGAUGCUACUUGCCAGGUGGACGGUAGCUAUUGAUGCUACUUGCCAAGUGGACGGUAGCUAUUGAUGCUACUUGCCAGGUGGACGGUAGCUAUUGAUGCUACUUGCCAAGUGGACGGUAGCUAUUGAUGCUACUUGCCAAGUGGACGGUAGCUAUUGAUGCUACUUGCCAAGUGGACGGUAGCUAUUGAUGCUACGUGCUGUUUUGCUAAACAAACAGUAUCCCUCAGAUUUAAGAGCUGAUCCAGGGCAGCUCUCCAGGGCAGCUCUCCAGGGCAGCCCUCCAGGGCAGCUCUCCAGGGCAGCUCUCCAGGGCAGCUCUCGCCUUGUCCACUGUUGGAGGAACAGCCUAGUGCCACCAAAGACUGGUCUGGCAGUUCACGUAGAAACUGUUUGAAUCCAAUGGCAUCUGCCAUUGGGAAGCUUUUCUCCACCAGUUUCUUGGUGUUUGUAGCGUACUCUGCAGUGGUCUCUCAUCUCAGGAGUAUGCGUUUUUCCAAAAUGUUUUGGAAGAAUGCUGGAGUUCGAUGGUACUUGAAUCGAUUAGCCAGGGGAUCCUUAAGUUUCUCGUAACUAUCUCGCUCAGCUUCACAUAACUCGCUGUAAGCGAAUUCAGCAGCAGCAUCCCUCAACGCAAAGAAGAGAUAGAGGAGUUUAUCUUCCUCGCUCCACUUGAAAAUUCUGGCCGAAGUUUCAAACUGAACGAUGAAAGUAUGCCCCGUAGCAGUUCCACUGUAGGUCUGAAGGUUGUUUAAGUACAGGGAAGUUAUUGUACUUUCGUUACUUUUUCCACGCCUUGCACUUCUCAUCUCAGGCUAACAGACAAGUAUUUUGUCUCUUCGGAGUCGUUGCAAGGUUACCAUCCCACCGCUGCCACCAUUGUAGAGAACCUUAUAGCCAUCUCUAUUCUCCUACUGCUUUAUCUGGAUGGUAACCUCGUUCAUUCUUGAACAUCGUACUGCAAAGCAGGUAAUAACACGUUGAUGGUUAGACUUCAUUCCUUAAUGAUCUGCUCUACUGUUCACGUUCAAGACCUUGGCUCUGCUCUAACUGUCAUCUUUGUCUCUCUACUGUCCUAUCACGUCUGUCCUCGACUACACCCCUGUCUGGCUUCGCUCUCGAUCGUUCUCCCUCACUGCUACAUGUCCACUGGGCUGUCCCUUCCUCAACCGUCGAGUGUCCCCAAACCUCUAGCUUAUAUCCAGAUUUUUAAAGUAGGUAUAUGUUUUCAUUAUGACUGAAUGAUGGCAUCAGGCUUUAUUGUUAUUCUUAUUGUUCUCAUUUUAAAUGUACUCGAUAAUUGUAAUAAAGAGUUGAACGGCAAGGGGCGCGCACACAAAGAGCGCACGGUUCAUCAAUUAUUAUAAAAUCUAAAGUGUUGUUGUUGUUUUUUUACAUGUGCUAUUUUUAACAAAGUUUCCUGAAUAUCAGAGUUUAAAAAAAAUACUUAGACUAUCUUUAUUAAAUUCUCAAAGGUAUUUGUCUGUUAAUAUAAUAAUAAUAAUAAUAAAGUGUAUUUAAAAAACACGCUUCAUCCCCAAAGGCUCGAAGCGCGGUACAAGAGUAAUAUCAGCAUAAUAAACAAACUGCCCCAACCUAUUCGCACAGAUAAAAAAAAAAUUCUAGGUUAGAAUCUAGCAGAAAGAUUUUUAAAAAAAAAGAUUUUUGUGAACGAGCAUUUUUUUUAUCAUGCCCAAUAUCAAUCCUAUUUUAGAAAGAAAUCUUAUUCCCAAAUGGUCAUUAUCAAAUCUGUGGAUUUGGUCAAAAAAUGUUUUAAAGUAUAUCAAAGAGGCAAUUUGUAAUUCAUCUAAAGAAAGUUAUAGCAGUUUGAAAAUAAAAUAAAUACAAAUUUCAAUAAUUGGAAAUAUAUACUUUAUUUUUAUACGAUUUCCCUAAGAUAAAAACGCACAUUAAUAAAUAAUGUAUUUUGUAAACAACUCAUGUUUUCUUAACAUAUUUAUGUCAUUCAUAUAUGAUUUAUAAAAAGGAUCAGUUUUUAAAACCCACACAAAUGUAUAGCACUUUCUAAUUAACUGUUGUUGUUUUUUUCCAUUUACGUUCAACAUGUAAAAUGAUGUUUGCAGGCCUUGUUAGUGAUUGACCAUUUUUUCUAGGAAAAUUCUUAUAUUAAUUAAUUAGUGCAACCCCCCCUUCAACCCACACACACACACUUUAAAAAAUAAUUAAAAAACAAUGUAGGCCUAUAUAAAUAUUAAAAUCCACAUUAUUAUUUAGUGAUAUAAAAAUGUAUGCAUAACAGAAGCAGGUCAAGCAGAGCCAUCGCUCGACUUUUUGAAGCCCCCUGCCUCUUUUCGGUUUUUUCCUCCCCCACCUUGCAUUGAAAGAUGAUAAUUAAGAAAAUAUCCCAAUAUCCCAAUAUGCCACUUCGCAUCUUUAAUCCGCUUAAAUAUCCGUGGCCCCCUGCAGUCGUAGGAAAUUCUGGGCUCACAUUAUGGGUCUAAGGUUAAGUGAAACUUAUUUUUUCUAUUAUCUCUUCCAUUCCUCUCCAGUUAAAUGUGAAAUGUUUCAAAACACAUUCAGAUGUGUGCUGAAAUGUAUUCUUGUAUAUUGAAUUUAUCAAAAAAUUUCUUGUGACUAUAAAGAAUUGAGGAGCGAGAAUAAGCUAGAGGAAAAGCAUACCCUCAAGCACGACACAACUGGAAUGAAUUUUGUUCAAGUCCCACCAACUUGGACUUAAAGAUGUCUUUGAUCAUUAUUAUGAUUGAUUUUGGUGCUUCACAUCCAAAAGUUUCAAAAGCCACCUCAAAAAUUGUCUGAAAGAAACACUGAGUUCAAGUAUGUACACAUCCCCCCCCCCCCAAUGCUGAUCAAUUUUAGAGUAUGGGGUAAAUAUAAGCUUGUGCCAAAUGAUUGUCCUGGGACACGCCCCAACCGGAGUGAAUAUAGUUUAUGUAUGGCGCUGGGCGAAUAAUGCCUCCCUCAGACCCUUAAAAAUAUCCUUCCCAGUUUAAAAAAAUAUCAUAGAAAUAUUUAAUUCAAGUAUACUCAAAAAUGCAUCUCUUGAUUUUUUAAGUAAUGAACAAUUUUCUGGGGAGAACAUCUCCCCAGCCCCUCCACCUAUCAAGAUUUAUCGGUGCUAUCGAUUUUCGUCCUACUUCCCGAUGAAACUUAUAGUUAAUUUUGGUGCUGAUAGAUACAGUGCCUGUUGGCUUAGUUACUAUUAGUGCCGCUAUGGGCAGCCAAAUAUUUAUGUUUCCGUUCUCUCUUUUACGAUACAAAUUAUGCAUUGUCAAAAAAUGACGCAACUUCUUAUAAAGAAAAGUGACACCUGGGUGGACCAAUAUAUCAGCCCCCUGUCUACGCCACUAACAGAAGCGUAGCGAGAGUGUUUGGCGUCAGGGGAUUCAUUUGUACGCACCCACCCUCAACUUUGGAACCCAUUAUUUCCAACCAUUAAAUAUCAUCAAAACCAAUUUUGGCGACCUCCGCUAGUCUGGCACACCGGGACGAAUGUCCCAUCUGCCAACCCUUACCUACGCCUCUAGUCACUGUCCAAUGGCACUGCUCCCCACUCCCCCCCUCACAAAAAAAAAUCCGACAACCCCCCCCCCCCCCCAAAAAAAAAAAAAACCGCAAACCCCCCCCCCCCCGGGGGAAAUGUAUGGAAGAAACACUAGUCAUGUGUUUGUCUGAGUAGAUAUCAACUGCCACUUCCUUGUCCCAUUUCCGUGCGUUGUGUUAGACUUCAGCAGAGCCUCGCCAUCACGUUCAAUGGCCUGCUCCACCACAUGUUUACAUUCAGACCAAUAUAUUGCUUUUGACAUCCAUGCUCGGACCCCCAGCUGCAGCAUUAAUCCCAAAGAGUAGCUCACAUAAGAUCUAUGUGGAUUUAAUCUGGACAUGGAUGAGAGGCGACGUUGAAGAACGUUACCGUCAUACCUGGCGUGACAGCUUGUUGCGGUCCGAUAGGGACAUUUGAAGACGAUUAUCCUGAAAAUACAGAAAUGAGAUAAUAUCUCAAGUUUAAAGGCACGCUAGGAAGCUACUCAGUGAAUCGGGGGUAGACCCAGGAGACAAUUUUCUGCAAGAGCGAUUAGGGCAAGUCCUUCAGGCGAUGUUGUAGUUCAAAAUUAUAGCGUCGUCUCUAUCUUGGGGCGGUGGCAAGGGGUAUCCUCGUUCCCAAGAAUGAAAUACCGGCUGGACCGGUUUCCCAUAUUUGAGGACUUAUCAAAAACACAAAAAAAAAAAAAAGAAGGGAGAGGUGACGCCGUUGCCCUUAUUUGUAAUUCAUAAGUUCCCAAGAAUGAAAAACCGGCUGGACCGGUUUACCAUAUUUGAGGACUUAUCAAAAACACGAAAAAAAAAAAAAAAAAGAAGGGAGAGGUGACGCCGUUGCCCUUAUUUGUAAUUCAUAGAGAUCAACAUAUGACAGCGGUAAAGCCACUUUCAAAUAUGUUGUUAAUUUGAUGGAAGCUGGGAUUUGUAAAAGAUUGGACAUCGCUAUUCAACUUCAAGUGUAAUUGAUCCAAGGCGCACUAAUAGAACCAUCCAUUAUUCAUGUUUCCUGAAAUAUCUUAAGCUUUCCAAGUGUCAUGAUUCAGUUGAUCUCAUUCUUCUUCUUCUCUAUCUGAAGGGCCCACGAUCAUUCUGACUACAUUAAUCAAACGUCUCAAAAUUUGACAAAGGAAACCUCUUAAAGAAAAAAAAUAAUACUUCUACUUUUAAUAUCAUAUAAGUUCAUUAUUUCUGUUAAAAUCUAUGAAUAAAUAACAGUUUACAGGAUUUGUCUAGCAUGAAGCAAUAUUGCAUAGGCAUACCCGCCUACAGUCGCACCAAUUACAAGUACCACAAAUGUGAAAAGCCGAGGUGUGACCGUCGGGAGCUACCAUACGGUCUGCCACCCGAAGGCUAUGAUGUGAAAAGAAGAGCAGACUGGUUCGGUAAGCAUGGGCUCAAACUCGGGUCUGAUCUUUAAAAAAUAAAUUAUAAUUAUUAUUUAUGUAUUCAUAUUGUAAUCGGCCAAGCCAUGAUCUUAUAUUAACAAAAAAUGUGUAAGUGUGAUGAUGUUAGAGUAUGGUAUAGUUGUUGAUCAUGAGUGUCAGUGUCGAGUUAUAUCAUAUUAACGAUACGUUAUAUUAAAAUCAGGUCAACACACAUGCUAUAAAAAUACUCUUUGGGAUUACACGCCCAAAAUUCUACACAAAAAGUACAUUUCAGCUGUUAGAAAAAGUUCUUGAAUUAAAGAACGACGUGAAGUUGAAAUUAUAGAUCAUCGAUGUUCCAUUGUAUGUUUUCUGAAUUUCAGUCAAAGAAGAAUAUCCACGAAUUUAAUCGUCUUAAUGUUUAUAUAUUGUGAAAUCUAUAGAGGCCGUUCUGAAAACGUGUCGUUACUGAUUGUGUAAAUAUGGGAAAUUAAGUAUUUUAAACUCGAUAUUUUUAUUGCUUUUCCUCACCCAGAGUGGACGAAAGUAUACCCUAGAAAAGUGUUGUUCCCAUAGACAACAAUAGAGCCUUGCCGUUCAGUAGACUUUGCUACUGCGGGAGUUUUGAUGUAUGGUAAACACGGCAGAAAGUUCUUAACAAAAGCCAUAACAAUCCCUCCUAUUAUCUUGACAUUGAAUCCCUGCCAUCAACAAUAUGGAUACAAAAUUAUGUUCUGAUUUCAAAAUAUUAAAUUUCACUAAAGUGCCAACUGAAAUCUUAUACACAAAAACAAUACAUACGUACAACUUAGUAAUCGUACCAGCAGAGCAAGAACCAAUGCAAGUGGCGUAAGAAAGGGGGGAGGGGAGCAGAAUUUUUAGUCGAUGCCAAUAAUAUAAUGAUAUGGCUUGUGUCUAGAUGUGUUUUGGCUUGUGUCUAGAUGUGUUUUGGCUUGUGUCUAGAUGCGUUUUGGCUUGUGUCUAGAUGCGUUUUGGCUUGUGUCUAGAUGUGUUUUGGCUUGUGUCUAGAUGUGUUUUGGCUUGUGUCUAGAUAUGUAUUAGCUUGUGUCUAGAUGUGUUUUGGCUUGUGUCUAGAUGUGUUUUGGCUUGUGUCUAGAUGUGUUUUGGCUUGUGUCUAGAUAUGUAUUGGCUUGUGUCUAGAUGUGUUUUGGCUUGUGUCUAGAUCUGUUUUGGCUUGUGUCUAGAUGUGUUUUGGCUUGUGUCUAGAUGUGUUUUGGCUUGUGUCUAGAUGUGUUUUGGCUUGUGUCUAGAUGUGUUUUCUGUAAUGUUUGAGGUAAGGGGCCGCAGGGUAGAUUUUUUUUUAUUUUCACGAAUUAAUUUUCCAUAACGAUGAAAUAGAAACAGUUUGUAUGCUGACCACUUUAGGAAUUGAGCUUUCGGUAACUGACGCUCAUUGUAAUCAACCAUUUUUGUUUACUCAACAGACAACUGGAAAGAGCACCAUUAUAGAUAUGCUGGUGCUUACCAGAUGUGGGAGAGGAGAUACGGUGAUAAGUUCUUUUACUAACUCAAAAUGCCGAACAAAUUAACAACUUAAUCAAGGUGUAAGGAAUAUUUUUAUUUUGUCGCCAAUGAAUAAAUGGG